UUUGACUUGCGGCGACUUCUUUUAACCGAAGAAGAAAUUGUUUCCUCCGGCCGGUGGUGGAAGCAGGAGAGAUCGAUCGAUCAUACGGGAUUCUUCUUCUAGUCUCUCUCUGUGAUCCAAGUGAUAACAAGUCCGUACAUUGGUUUGAAGCUCUGCUGAAACUAAUCCAUCUGAGGUUUAACAAUGGUUCUCUUACAAUUGGAUCCAUUCCUCAAUGAACUCACGAGCAUGUUUGAGAAAAGCAAAGAGAAGGGUUCUGUGUGGGUUACUUUGAAAAGAUCAUCUCUCAAGUCUAAGUUGCAGAAGAGGAAACUGAGCUCAGCUGGAGAAUCCAUUGAAUACAGAUGCCUUAUUCGAGCUACUGAUGGAAAGAAAACAGUCUCUACCUCGGUUGGUGCUAAGGAUCACCAGAGAUUUCAAGCAUCCUAUGCCACCAUUCUUAAGGCCCACAUGACUGCUUUGAAGAAGAGGGAAAGGAAAGACCGGAAGAAAUCCACAGAAGCAGAGAAGAAAGAAGGCACUUCAACAACCACUAAACCUAAGAAACUUUAAUUUCUCCUUUUAUGUUUAUCAUAUUGAUUUGCAAUUGUUGGUUGAGAAUUUGAAUUUUGAAAGGUAUUGAAAGAUCUCAAAGAUUUUGAAUUGUUACAUCACAGAUUUUGGCUUGCA